GAAAGCUUGAGAUAAACCGACGCCUUCCACCGUCCACUUCUCCCCAAUCGAGCGUUGACGCGGCCUGCCCCUCUUGGGCCCUUGUACGAGGAGCGUUUCCAAGACGCAUUUAUCUCGCAAAUACCUGCACGAUUUGAACGGUGCGACCGCAUGUCCAUGAGCUACGCGGUGGGCAACCGGUGGCUAGUCGCUGCGGCAUGUUGUUGGAUGAACGUUUUUGGUUUCGCCCUGCUCCGUUCAUCGGCAGUCACCUACGUCGUCAUCCUGCAGACUUUACACGUCACCAGGGCACAAGCGGCGUGGCCACUCACUCUGGCCGGAGUCUUCUACACGUUCACAGCACCUGCCGCGGGCGUCCUCGCAAGAUACGUCAGCGUCUGGAAGCUGACAUUGGCAGCAUCUGUGGCCAGCGCUAUCUCUAUUUCGCUUUGCUACUUCGCCAAUGGCAUAUCCUAUCUUAUCGUCUGUUAUGGAAUUUUGCAAGGCAUCGGUCUUGGGUUUAUGUCUCUUAAUCACACGGUCAUCAACCAAAAUUUCGACAACUUCAAGACAGUCGCUUCUGGAAUCAGCAGCGCAGGAUUUACGAUCGGAAGCGUAGUGUUCCCCCCUUUGGUACAGUUCUUCUUCGACCGAUACGGUAUCAGAGGAGGUUUCUUGUUGUGCGGUGCUUUGAUGCUCAACGCUGCAGCCGGUGCUAUGCUGCAACGAGGUUCUCGCGCAGUGCCUGUUCCUGCUUCUGACGGAAAGCCACGGGAUGAUCCUCAUAAAAGCAAGACACCACAAGAAGACGCAUUUGGAAAUGAAUGUCCACGCGCUGCAGAAGGGCCCUCAGCAGAACAUCUACUCAAGUCUGUGCAUACGUCUAGUAAAGAUCACCGAAGUACCAAAGAUGAAGACACACUUCGUCUGUUGUUUUCAAGAACAGCAGCAAAACCCGGAGCUCAACAACUCAACUCAGAAAAUAUAGAGCUUGAAGAGCUGCAGGUUCAGACAGCGCAAAAUAAGUUCGACAUUUCGAGGACAGUAGACACACUAAAGCCAGUGGUAACUCUUCGAAAUCGAAUAGUAGGUUCGUUGUCGUUCUUUGCCAUACCCAAGUUUUAUAUCAUCACACUCUCAUUUUCACAACUCCUUUUGUUCUUAACCACUUACACAACGGUCAUCGUGGACUUCGCGUUGGAUCGAAACAUUCCGAAGUGGAACGCUGUCCUUUUGGUCACGAUCUGUGCGGCAGUGGACAUGGUGUCGAGGCUAGGAUCGGGAUGGAUCACAGACAAAGGCUUCUUGAGAAGAAACACCAUGAUGUCGUUGAACUUUCUCCUCUCGACCAUGGCCCUGUAUCUUUUACCCUUUUGUAAUUCGUAUUCCCUAAAUGUCCUUGCGACCGUAAUCCUGGGCUGGUGCAAUGGAGCCAUCACUAUACUCACUCCAGUCUUCUUAAUGGAACUGGUAGAAGCCGGCAAAUUCAGCGUCUGCUACGGGACAGCGAUCUUCCUGGCUGGCCUUCCUAUGCUUUUUAGGCCUUUGCUAAUUGGACACUUCAGGGACACAUUGGGAGAUUAUCAGGGGCUCUUUUGGGUCCUCGGUACGUUGUCAGCCUGCAACGUCGUCUUAUGGUGCGGACUUUGCUUCAGAGAGAAACAGAGAUGCAACGAUCUCAACAAGCAGCAACAGAAGAAACAUUCCCAGUCAUGACAAGUUACCACGCUCUGCACCACUUAAUAAAUAGGUCAUACUUCGUCAAAACAGAUCAAUAAACGAAAGGCAUUCCCAACAU